AUUUCGAAUAUGUCGCAGUACGCGCCAUUCAUCAAGCCCGUUCUGGAGUACAACGAGCACGGCUGGGGUCCGUGCGAGGAGCUCAUUGUGGAUGUGCCCUACCAGCCCUUCUGCAAGAGCGAUCGUGUGGGCAAGAUCUGUGACUGGACGGCGCCGCCAAUGGAGAGGAAAUUUGGCAACAAGUAUGCCUCGUCGUUUGGCAAUAGCAAUCAGUAUGCCUACUUUCACGAUGACGACGAGUCCACGUUCCAUUUGGUGGACAGCUCCGGCUUCAAGGGCUACAGGCCGUUCCAGCGGGGUCGCUUCCGUGCCAAUACCCGCAACAAUCCCCGGACGCGUGGGCGCACUGGGCGUGGCGGUGCCGUGACUGGAGGAGCGGCCGGAAAUCAGCCCGGCACUGGAGUUAAUGAGCGCACCAAGUACGGAAAGGGACGCGACAACCGGCGUCAAAUGGGGCGUCGGUUCGGCCGGAAUGCUCCCACUCGUAUGCGCGAGAGCUCCGUGGUGGUCCGCUCCGACUGGGUGUCCAUCGAGGAGAUCGACUUUCCGCGCCUCUUGAAGCUGUCGCUGCCGAACGUGAAGGAGGGCCAGGAUGUGGUUACCUGUGGAUCGCUGGAGUACUACGACAAGACAUACGAUCGAAUUAACCUGAAGAACGAGCGGCCUCUGCUCAAGACGGACCGCAUCAUCCACACGCUGACCACCACCGAUGAUCCCGUGAUCCGCCGCCUGUCCAAGACCAUCGGCAACAUCUAUGCCACCGACGAGAUACUGGCCACCAUCAUGUGCAGCACCCGGUCCAACUACUCGUGGGACGUGGUCUUCGACAAGGUGGGCAACAAGAUCUUCCUGGACAAGCGCGACAACGCGCAGUUCGAUUUGCUGACGGUGAACGAGACAGCCCAGGAGCCGCCCCUGGAGGAGGAGGGUUCCAUCAACUCGCCACACAGCCUGGCCAUGGAGGCCACGCUCAUCAAUCACAACUUCUGCCAGCAGGUGCUCCGUGGGGGCGACGAGAAGAAGUACCAGUUCGAGGAGCCCUAUCCCUUCGAGGAGGCAGGGGUGGAUCUCGUCUCGAUCGGCUAUCGGUACAAGCAGUGGGACCUGGGCAAUAACCUCACCUUGAUUGCCCGCUGCAAGCACAAUGGCGUUCUUCAGGGACCCAAUGGAGAGGUGCAGUUCCUCUCCAUUCGCGCCCUCAACGAAUGGGACUCGAAGGCGUCCAACAGCGUGGAGUGGCGCCAGAAGCUGGACACGCAGCACGGGGCUGUCUUGGCCUCCGAGCUGCGUAACAACGCCUGCAAGCUGGCCCGCUGGACCGUGGAGUCAGUGCUCUCCGGCUCGGAUCAGCUGAAACUGGGCUACGUGUCGCGUGUGUCCACACGCGAUCAUCUGCGCCAUGUCAUUCUGCGCACACAGCAGUUCAAGCCCCAGGAGUUCUCCACUCAAAUCAAUCUGAACAUGGACAAUGCCUGGGGCAUCUUACGCUGCCUCAUCGACAUCGUGAUGAAGCAGCCCGAUGGCAAGUACCUGCUGAUGAAGGAUCCCAACAAGCCCAUGGUGCGGCUGUACGAUGUCCCAGAGAAUGCCUUCGAUUCGACCGAUGAGGACGAACUCAGCGACGACAAGCUUUUCCCACUCUCCAAUUGAUAACUAAUCGCUUACACAUAUUCAUUUGCUUGCCAGGAGAUAUUGCUCACGAUCCGUUGACACUCGACACAUGCUGGAUGCCACGCCACUGACAUCUGCACUAUAUCCCCAGCACAAAUACAAUUUAAAUUGAGUUUUUGACCAGACCCACAGACACACAGAUACACAUGAGCGAGAGCAG